AUCACCUCGCUAAUUUAAUCAACGCGACUAUGUUCAUUCGGUCGUGAGAAACUGAGCUCCACAGACCACAACGCAUAAGUUUUAUAAAAAGCGAAAUACAUCUACAUAAUAGAGUACACGUCUUUACUUGCCAAUUGAGGUGCAGAGUUAGCUACUCCAGGUACAUAACCUUAAAUAUUUUCGCAGUGUAUAUCGUGAAAAAUUACAGUGAAAACAUACGAGCGAGCGAGUGAUGGAAAGCAACGCUGGCGUAGUUAGAGUAAAGGAAGAACCGAACGAUACUUUGAUAGACCCAGGAGACGAUUAUGUUAUCGAUUCGGUGGACUCUUGCCAAAUCGAAAACUCUGAAACAUCGCCCUUUCAUGAAUCAUCGACAAAACGUACGAGUGGGGCUGCUGUGUCUAAAGAGAGGUUAGGGGAAAAAAUAUUUAUCGAUUUUGAGUGUAAGGAUGUCAAAGUCAAGCUGCCGUCUCUAUCGACAACCAUCUGCAAAUCUGAGUAUCCAAAUAUUCAAUCUGUAAUAAAAAAAGAAAACCAGAAUCACACUAUUUGCAAGUCUGAGAAUGAAAGUUGUUAUAAUGAAAAUCCGACCAAGAACAUAAAUGGAAAAAAUCUGACAAUUUUGAUAAAAAAAGAAUUUAAUUAUGAUAAUAAUUGUCAAUUCAACUCCGAUUUGAGACUUGCCAAGUAUGAAAACCUAAAAAGUUGUGAACCAGCUGCUGCAGAUGAAUCAUUGAAUAAGUCAAAAUAUAUCUGCCAAAAACCUUUUAAAUGUAAUAGUUGGCACAAAUUAUUUAAAGAAAAAAGUCACCUUAAAACUCACAUAAUUAAAGUACAUGAUCCUAGCAAAUGGUUUGAGCGUGACAUUUGUCAAAAAUCAUUUGGACGCAAGGAUACCCUUCAACCUCACAUAAAUGUAGUACAUGGUCGAAACAAACCCUUCGAAUGUGAGAUUUGUCACAAAUCAUUUGGUUACAAGGGUAAUCUCAAGAAACACAUAAAUAGAAUGCAUUAUCGGAGCAAACGUUUCGUAUGUGACAUUUGUUGCAAAUCCUUUGGAGAAAAGUCUUACCUCAAAAUACACAUAAAUGUAAUACAUGAUAAGAUUAAACCCUUUGAAUGUGAGAUUUGUCAAAAGGGUAUUCUGAAUCGUCACAUAAAUGCAGUACAUAAUCAGAUCAAACCCUCUGAAUGUGAGAUUUGUCACAAAUCUUUUGGAGAAAAGGGUUCCCUUAAAAAACACAUAAAUGGUGUACAUGAUAAGAUUAAACCCUUCGAAUGUGAGAUUUGUCACAAAUCUUUUGGAGAAAAGGGUUCCCUUAAAAAACACAUAAAUGUAAUGCAUGAUAAGAUUAAACCCUUCAAAUGUGAGAUUUGUCACAAAUCAUUUGGUUACAAGGGUGAUCUCAAGAAACACAUAAAUGGUGUACAUGAUCGUAUUAAACGCUUUGAAUGUAAUAUUUGUCACAAAUCAUUUGGAUACCAAAAGCAUUUCAAACGACACGUAAUGAAGUUCCAUAAUCGAAGCUAA